AUGGUGUCAGGGUCCGCCCUAUCUGUUAAAGACACAGGAGCACUGGCCUGUGACGGUAGUAGUCGAGAAGACAGCGUUAGAGCUUCGCCCUUCAGUUUUAUUGGUGAAGUCGCCAUAUACAGACAUCGUGGCGACAAGUAUGUUAACUCCUUUCCAGCUAUUCAUCGAGUUUUUGCUUACGUCUAUAAGUUUGGCAGACGGGUCCGGCAUAAAGGAAUUACCGUUCAUGAUCUCAAGGCUCGCAUGCUUUUGUGGGCAGUUCAGCGCGCUCAUUUGGGUGAUGAAAUAAGGACGUUGCAGAAGGGAAUGGUUGCCUCCUCCAGUUCGCUGGCUUCGUUAUCCCCCUUUUUGGAUCAAUUUGGAUUGCUUCGAGUAGACGGGCGUCUCAAGAAUUCAUCCUUGGAUUACGAUGGUCGUCACCCAGUAAUUUUGCCCAGGAGCCAUCCGGUAACGCAAAGCAUAAUCCUAAGCUUUCAUGAGCGUAACCUGCACGCUGGACCUCGAUCGUUAUUGGCGACGAUACGAUCUCAGUAUUGGCCGAUUGGGGGGAGAAAAGUUGUGCUCAAGGCGACAAAUAAAUGUGUGAGAUGCUUUCGGAUGAAACCUCGUUUGUUGGAGCAUGUAAUGGGCGAUCUUCCGAAGGAGAGAGUGGAAGGUUAUCAAGUCUUCGAUGUAACCGGCAUCGAUUUUUGCGGUCCUUUCUUCUAUAAGUCGGAGGUUCGCAACAAGGCUCCCAUAAAAUGUUACAUUAGUGUCUUCAUUUGUUUCACGACAAAGGCCGUCCAUUUAGAGCUGGUGAGGGAUCAGUCCACCGCCGCCUUUCUGCAUGCACUGAGGAGAUUUAUUUCUAUCAGGAAGAAGCCGCGACAGAUCUGGUCCGACAAUCAUAUCAUUUUCUGCACGGAGGGCCUCCUUCUAGUUUCAGUGAGCCAGACCUGA